UAUCUCAAAGAGUGCAAGGAGGCUGUGACAUUUCAAGCAAAGCCUAUUGGUAAGGGAGUUUCUAGAUGAGCUUUCUUAAAGAAGCACUUCCUUUUUAGACAUAAUACUGUGUAGGAAAGUAUACCAAACAUUUUUCUCUAAGCGACUAGAAGAUUUACAUAAUUCUUCUGCUUCAAUGGAAAGAGAAGAAAUGUUAAUACAACAUUCUGUUACGGCUGUAAGCUUUGCAUUUACCCGAACAGUGAAAAGUUAGUUUCCUGUUUUCUGAGAUGCAUUUCUCAGAAAAGGAUGGCUUUGAAGAUGUCUUCAGUAGAAGUGUUGUUGCUGCCCGUGAAAAGGUUCCUCCUGGAAUCUUGUCUCAGACUAUGAACUACGUAGGACAACUUGCAGGACAAGUCCUGGUUACUGUGAAGGAGCUGUACAAAGGCAUUAAUCAAGCAACCCUUUCAGGAUGCAUCGAUGUCAUUGUGGUCCGGCAACAGGACGGUACAUACCAAUGCUCUCCUUUUCAUGUCAGAUUUGGGAAGCUUGGUGUGCUGCGCUCUAAAGAAAAAGUGAUUGAUAUAGAAAUCAAUGGCGAUGCUGUCGAUCUUCAUAUGAAACUGGGUGACAAUGGAGAAGCUUUCUUUGUACAAGAAACAGAGGAGGAAAAUGAAAAAGUUCCUGCAUAUUUGGCAACAUCUCCGAUACCCACUGAAGACCAAUUUUUUAAAGACAGUGACAAUCACUUGAAAUCAGAUGAAAAUGAGAGGACAUGUGCAAGCUCAGAGAUUCCACACUCAGUGGAAGCAGAGACUGUGUUCACCCCAGGUUCUGUGAAAAAGAAAAAAAGAAGAAGAAAGAAAUACAAACAAGACAGCAGGAAGGAAGAUCAGAUCUCUUCUACUGGGACAGAAGAGAUUUUUGAAAUGGAAAUAAGCUCAGAUGAUGAAAAAAGUGUCCAGCCCCUAAGAGGAUCCUCAAAUUCAUCACCAAAGGGUGAAGAACAAAAAGAAUCUUUGAUUUAUCAUUCAAAGGAUCAUUACCCUUUGUCUGAUGGAGACUGGUCCCCUCUGGAGAACCCUUUCUCAGAGCCAGGCUGCCCUAAAAGUGAUUCAGAACUAGAAGUUAAACCUGCUGAGAGCUUGCUGAGAUCUGAGUCUCACAUGGAAUGGACAUGGGGAGGAUUCCCAGAAUCAACCAAGAUAAGCAAGAAAGAGAAAGUGGAACAUCCCAGAACAGCUACCAUUAUUCCAUCAGAAAAAACUCAUUUUAGGGUCAUCGUCAGCUCCGAUGAAGUUGAAGAUGAUGACGAUGUGAAAGAUUCUGUCUGUAUAGUACUGAAACCUGAGCCAAGAACUCAUCCUCUGCUUAAGCAGAUGGAUGCUAAAGAUUCUCUUGCUUCUGCGAUCACAGAACCACAAGAUCCAUUACCAUUAGAUGCUGAUCAUCAUUCCAGGCUGAUGAUGGAUCCUUUGCCAGAAACAAAGCCAACAGCAAAAAUUGAUUCGCCUUCAAAAAAGAAAGGGGUGCACAAGCGAAGUCAUCAUCAGGGGCCUGAUGAUAUUUACUUGGAGGACCUAAAGGCUUUGGAACCUGAAGUUGCAGCACUCUACUUUCCCAAAAGUGAUUCUGAUCCGGGCUUCAGGCAGUGGACAGAGUCGGAUACUCUUUCUGGUUCCCAGUCACCCCAAUCAGUAGGAAGUGCUGCUGCUGAUAGUGGUACAGAGUGCAUGUCCGAUUCUGCUAUGGACUUACCUGACGUUACACUUUCACUUUGUGGAGGUCUCAAUGAAAAUGGAGAAAUUUCUAAAGAAAAAUUUAUGGAACAUAUUAUUACUUAUCAUGAAUUUGCUGAGAACCCUGGGCUCAUAGACAAUCCGAAUUUGGUAAUAAGGAUUUAUAACAGGUAUUAUAACUGGGCGUUGGCUGCUCCAAUGAUUCUGAGUUUGCAAGUGUUUCAGAAGAGUUUGCCUAAGGCAACGGUUGAGUCUUGGGUCAAAGAAAAGAUGCCAAAGAAGUCUGGAAGGUGGUGGUUCUGGCGGAAGAGAGAAAGCAUGACUAAGCAGAUACCAGAGGCGAAAGAGGGGAAAACUGAGACACAAAGAACAAAUGAACUGUCAGCAGCUAUAAAAGAGCAAGUUAAUAGUAGACCUCCAGAAGAUGAUUCUUCUAGUGAUGAAGCCUCACAGGAGUUGAAGGAAUCCCUGAAAAUAGAUCCUGCCCCCGUAGAGCAUCCAACCCAUGGGAACACUACAUCAUAUAAGAAGUCACUGAGACUGUCUUCAGACCAAAUAGCAAAGCUGAAGCUCAGAGAUGGCCCUAAUGAUGUUGUAUUUAGUAUUACAACCCAGUAUCAAGGGACUUGCCGUUGUGCAGGAACAAUAUAUCUCUGGAACUGGAAUGAUAAGAUCAUCAUAUCAGACAUUGAUGGUACAAUAACCAAGUCCGAUGCUUUAGGACACAUCCUCCCCCAGCUCGGGAAGGACUGGACUCAUCAGGGCAUUGCAAAACUCUAUCAUUCCAUAAAUGAAAAUGGCUACAAGUUUCUGUACUGUUCUGCUCGUGCCAUUGGGAUGGCAGAUAUGACCAGAGGAUACCUACACUGGGUAAAUGACAAAGGGACAAUUCUCCCCAGGGGCCCUCUCAUGUUGUCCCCCAGCAGCUUGUUUUCUGCCUUACAUAGGGAAGUAAUAGAAAAGAAGCCUGAAAAGUUCAAAAUCGAAUGUUUGAAUGAUAUCAAGAAUUUGUUUGCUCCCAGUAAACAGCCUUUCUAUGCUGCUUUUGGAAACAGACCUAAUGAUGUGUAUGCCUACAUGCAAGUGGGAGUCCCAGACUGCAGAAUAUUUACUGUGAAUCCAAAGGGUGAACUGAUCCAAGAACGAACUAAGGGAAACAAAUCUUCAUAUUACAGACUAAGCGAACUCGUGGACCAUGUGUUCCCAUUACUUAAUAAAGAACAGAGUUCUGCAUUUCCGUGCCCAGAAUUCAGCUCCUUUUGCUAUUGGAGAGAGCCUCUUCCUGAUUUCAACAUGGAUGAUCUGCUCUGAAAAAUACUUGUCACCUAGAGAUGGAAUUUCAUAUUCAGCUACUCAACUUCAGUUUAAAUGUGAAGAACUUUCUUAACGAAGUUGCUAAUUUAUAUAGUGGUACCAUAAGUCUUACUGAAGAAAUCACUUUAACUCUGUUGGUUUAAAACAAAGAAAAUGCAAAGCUACUCUCUGUUUCUUUUGUGUGGAGUUUGAGUUUUUUGGUUUUUUGUUAGUUUCUUUAUUGCUCAUCUUUAUAUACCUGUUCUAGGGCACUUGAGAUCGGCCUGUCAUUGAUGGCCAUGGUACCCAAGUGCUUCAGGGCAGCCAAAUGCUAUAAGGUAGACUGUGACUUUGCAUUUUCAUCAAUACAGACCUUAUUGCAAACAGAGAUUUUUUUUUUUUCUUUUAUUAUUAGUCUUAAUAGUGUAUUUUCUAAAAUGAAGCCAAAAAGUGUUUGGAAACUGCCAAAUAGAAUGUCAGACCUGUUAAUAAAAAAAUGUGGUCUCGUGUUCAGAUGGGCAAUUACACCAUUUUUUGAAAAGAUCCAGAACUUAAGACCAGUGGGCUCUUUUUCAGCUGAAAAUACAGAAAAUGUGUAGGCACUACUGGCCUGACAGACUCUGAAGACAUAAAAUUCCUCUUUAAAUGUAAAUAUGCCUUUUGUCACAUGUACAAGACUAUACUUGUACAAUUCACACUCAAACUAACUCUGCUUAUUACUUUUUUUAUGUGCAAUGUUUAAGCUAUUUCAUGAGCUCGUUACCAAGAAAACUGUCUUCAGAUACUUGUAUGGCUUUUGUUGUUUUCAGGCUGCACUAUAUCAUGUUAAAAUUUCAUCAAGAGCGUUUCUGUAAGAGUUAGGCAGCUGCCAUUUCUGUUUUCUUUUUUACCACAGAGAUGAUGCAUAUGUGUGUGUAUGAUGUGUAGGCCAGUAAAACAUAUGUACAGAUUGUAUUCAGGGAAUUGUAAUACUAAAAAAAUUGUGUAUUUAAUUUUUUAAUUGUCUACUGCAGGUCUUUCCAGAAUUCUGUAUUGCAGGUUUUCAAUAGCUGGAAGGAAGUGCAGCUCAAUAGUGAGAUUCCAGGUAUGAUAAUGGUUAAAUGCUGCAGAGCAGAAUAAAACUUUUCUUUUUUUUUCUUUUUUUUUUUUCCUUUUUUUUUUUUUCUUAAGUUUUGGGUUAUUCCUAAAUGUCAUGCUGGUCAUUCCUCAGGUUCAGAUCAGAGCCUGUGAACAAACUGCAUUCCAAGUCUAGUGUUUAUCAGCUGUGAAAGCAGCUAGUAUUUCUCUCUCCAAAAAUACUUGAAGGCAAAAGUAGUUCUGCUUUUAAGUUGAGUCAGUGCAUUUAACCACCUUCAGACAAAUCUACAGUGAGGUUCCACCAGCCUAGAGGGCUUAAGGACUACAGUCAUUUAAACAUCAUUAAACAUCAGUCAUUGAAACAUCAGUCCUUGCCUUUCUGGCCAAAUGGCCUUUUCUGUCACUCCCUAAGCAAGUUCCUGGGGCCAACUUUAAAAGAUCUUUCCAGGAUCAACAUCCAGGAUUUCCAGCAGGCAGGCCUGGUGGUGAGCUCUCCUCCCACCUCCACCCGUCCUCCAGCAGGAGCAGGGCCAUGUGGAGGGAGCUCAGUGAUCUUGAAGGUAUUUGUGUGGCUCCCGAAACACCAUGGGAGGGAGGCCCUUCCGCACUCCCUCAGACCAAAUGCAGGAAAGGAAGGAGCUCUCCUUUCGUUUCACUACCUGCAGAAGAGUAUAUUUAAAGGAUUUUGAACUCUCACACAGAAUAUUUGUCUUUAUCAGGCUGAAUAGUCUUAACCCACAGUUCUGAUGUGACACCAGCUAAUGCUAGACAGUUAGAAACUGCAUGGGGGGGUAAUUUUUAGUUCACUGCUCAAAUGAAAUUACUUCCCCUCUCAAAGCUGUAGUGUAUUUCUGUGUUUAUAAAACAUUAAAUAAAGAAUGAGGACAAGGAAAAUCAAUAUGGACCCUCUCUUUUAAAGCAGGAGUAUGAGAGUGGGAAACAAAACAACCUAUCUGUCAUGGUGUGCCAUGCAUGUAAGUGAACUGAAAGGCACUCGUGUUCAUGUACAGUCAGGACAGUGCUUCAUGGGGCUGUUUCAGCCUGUGACCAAUCUCGGUGUUUAAGUGGGUUUCACAGGACUCAGCUGAAAGGAUGUUUUGCUCUUACUGCUUCUGGUUUAAUUUUUUUUUUACUGUCAGAAACUUAAAAACAUCAUUCCACUUUUUCUUGUUACUCUUUUUCCAGUUUUCAUUAGAAAAUUAAAUUUUCAUGUUCACCAAGUGCUUUGAACGUCAAUAGGAUUUGAGCUUUUAAGUCACUUAAGUACUUUAAAAUAGAGUCCAACAUUUAAAAGUAUUUUCAUUACGAGAUUAAAUAGUCUAUCUAGAAAUUCUAUUUUACAUAAAGGAAGUGAAGCGGCCUCUCCCAAAACACUCUUUUGUGGACAUUACCAUUUUCUUUACUGUGUAACUUACUCUUAGUGGCCCUGGUAUUACACAGGUUUUCUGAAAAUAAAAGCAUUUCAUGAAACUGGGAUGGGCUUCCAAAUGGGGCAGACUGUUACCAAGGUUUGUCUGUAUCUUCCUUGGUUGAAUUUUGCUUUUUUAACUUGGUUAACUUUUUUUCUCUUCAGUUCCAUUUAUCUUUUCAGAUUGUCAUAAAGAUAAGCUGUGGAUUUUAAGGUGGUGACUUGAGUAAAGGAGCAGUGUGGAAAAAUGGUAUCAGAUAUAUCUCCAAAGGUAUAUCGUUUAAGAGGGUAUUAAUAUGGGGGUGUUGUGUUUGUAGAGAGCUCCUCAUUCUGUUAACCUAUUAUUGUGCAUCAUAGGGAUGUCCAAAAAGUUGCUUAGUUAAAAAUUUUGCUUUUUUUGUUUUGGACCAGAAACAGAUUUGAUACUUGAUUUUUGAUAAAAUGUAAAAGUGUUCUUGAAUACCUCUGAUACGAGUAGGGUGGGAGUUGGUUUUGUUUUUCUCCAUCUGGCUUGUGUUUGAAGCUUUUCAGAUUGUUAACCCUGUUUAGGGACAGAAUAUGAGGGCGCUGUACUGUCAUUGCAUACCUGUGUAAUUUGGACUGCUGGGCACUUUACUGACUCUAGUGAAGACAUCUCACUGCUAUCAACCUGUAGGCUUGUGCUGCAAUAUUAAUAUGAAGUGGGGUAAAUAACAGUUAUGCAUUAGCCCAUCCUUUACCUUAGUUGAGAGAAGCGGCCUGAAACUAGUGUUUGAGAACAAGUUAUGCUAUUCUUAUUUAAAACGAGUGCAAGCGAAAUCAUUCUUUCUGUGAAAGAGGAACUUCUAGGUGCGUGUGUCUGUCGGCACAUGCACUCCCCUGUUGAGACUGUGUUGUUGAAGAUGCAGAUCCUCUUAGCAUUGGAAUCAUGUCAAAGGCUGAGUCAAUGAUACCUGUCUGGGAAUAAAUAAGGAACAUUGCAAUUCAGAACUUGUUAGUGACUUGGACAUUACCCAUUUCUAUAAUGAUUUAAAGUUCAGUAACUUAAGUGGUAGACAUUUCUGGGUUUGUGUUUUAGGUUUGGUUUUUUUUUUCCUGUACCAAGCAUGUUUGUGCUUCAAGAAGUUGGGCUCCCAUCCCUAACAGUACUCAAUUGCAUGUGCAGUCUUGGCUCACAUAUCCGUAGCUUUCUGUCAUCAGUGUGCACCUUCCAAACCUUUUUUUCCUUCAACUGGAAAAGUUUUAACACUUGUGUUGUAACUCUGUUACGGAACUUCUGAAGCAAACUCUGAAUCUGCUUGUGGUAAAGACAAAAGAUAUGAGAUUUCAUGUUAAUAUUUCAUACAAGUCUUCUAGAAAAUACUGUCAGUCAUAUGAGUGAGAGUUGUUUAAAUGACUGUAAUGCAAAUUCAUAACGAAACAUCAGAAAUACAUCGGGAAUUUGAGAUGCCAUUAAAGCAUCAAUUUUUUGCCUGAAGAAGUUUUAAUUUCCAAAGUUAAAUUCUGCAGAGGAGAAUGAAAUUGGUUUGGACUUUUUUUACAGUGUUAAUUACUUCCAGAUGAAAGUUAAAAUGUUGGUUUAUUUUGAGGGUGGGAAAACUCUCUUCAAUUAUUUGUUUCAUUUUUAUAUUGAAGAUGUGGAAUACUUGAUUGUUAAGCAACCCAAUCAAUAAUAAGGUAGCGUGCUUCAAAUUGUCAAAUCUGUGAUCAUACCAGUACAGUGGUUUUUGUUAAGACUGAACUAUUGUGGGUACAGUAACCCAUACCAGUGCAAUGUUUAUUGAUGUUCAGAACAAUGUUAUCACAAUAAACAAACUUCAAGUAA